UGGUAAUUCCAAUGCGCAUGCUCCAAAAAUCUACACGUCAAGCAUAAAAGCACUUAUUUGUCAACAACUUAUUUACUAUUUCGCAAAUAAAGUACUUUCGAUUCUUAUAAAUUCAUAACAGUAGACAAUAGUUCUCUUUUAAAAAAUGAAUAAAAUGACAAACUGUUGACGAGACGUCUACUGGCAUGAUGUAAUGGUGUUACGUGCACGUACAUACAACACAUACUAAUAGUUUAGUGAUGCAGCAAUUGAAUACACGUUACAAUUAACUUCGACAAGUGACAGAAACUAUAAUCAUGGCCUACCCGAAUGCAAUGUAUGGGACUACUGGUCCUGAUGUACAAGUAAACCCAGAGGUACAGCAAUGGUUCGCUGCUGUUGAUAGAGACGGUAGUGGAAGAAUUUCAGCUAUAGAAUUAAAAGCUGCAUUGGCAAAUGGACAGGGUGGCACAUUCUCAGAUACUGCUUGCAGACUUAUGAUAGGAAUGUUUGACAAAGAAAAGAAUGGCACAAUAGACUUAUACGAAUUUCAAGCUUUGUACAAUUACAUUAAUGCUUGGCUCGGUGUCUUUCGUGGCUUUGAUCAUGAUAAUUCUGGAAGUAUUCAAGAGACUGAAUUGAAUGCAGCGUUAACACAAAUGGGAUAUCGGCUAAGUCCAGAUUUCGUCUCAUUUCUUAUAAAAAAGAGUGAUCCUACUGGUCAUUCUUGCAUUACAGUCGAUCAAUUUAUUGUGUUGUGUGUUCAGAUUCAAAGAUUUACAGAUGCUUUUCGAGAAAGGGAUUCUAAUCGGGCAGGAGAAAUAACUAUUGCAUUUGAAGACUUCCUAGCUGUUGCGCUUAAUUGUAGCGUGUAACAAUUUGCCUUCCUUCAGUGCUACGUACUUCAUAGGAAAACUGCUUGCACUUAAAGCUAUUGUAUGAAACACACUUGUACCUUAUUACUUUUAAAGAGACACAGCUAAGCAUUUUUUAAUCAAAGACACUUUUAGAAUAAACGUGAACAAAUGUAAGAUGAUAUUUUAACUAUACAAUGAUAUACAGGUAUUAGCAUUGUAUGGUAGUGUACAAUCUGAUUUAAUUUAUCUGAUAUUCUAAACAUUUUCUAAUAUAAAAUAAAGAACGCUUACAAACGCUCUUGUA